AUUAUCUCCAACAAAAUACAUAAUAAACGAAUCACUUGCUUUUGGUGUAUAUGGAAUAAUAAAGCUAGUGAUUCCUUUUAGAUUCGUAGCAAUACAAUAUUUUAGGUACUUUUUGAGGAAAAAGAUCGUAAAAAGGGUGGAUACAAUGGGAAAACCCUCUUUCCUUCUUUUUUUCACCCAUGCCUUUGUUUUUAUGGUGUCGGGUAUUUUAGCUAGGACCAUACAAGAUGAAGGCUCUAUUCUCGGAGCAAAUUCAACAAGGAGGGGCCUACAUACCGCAUGCGAAGCAACAAACAAAAUAGACAAGUGCUGGAGAUGCAAACCCGAUUGGGCACAAAACCGUCAAUUAUUAGCCGAUUGCGCUCUCGGUUUUGCAAAAGGAACCACCGGCGGAAAGGGCGGAGAAAUCUACGAGGUCACCGAUCCUUCGGAUGACGAUGCUGUGAAUCCAAAACCAGGGACACUUCGGUGUGGUGUUACCCAAAACAGACCUUUAUGGAUCAUCUUCAAGAAAGAUAUGACGAUUACACUCAAACAUGAGCUUGUAAUGACUGGUGACAAGACAAUCGAUGGUAGGGGUGCAUGCGUCCAGAUCGCUAAUGGUGCUGGUAUCACCAUAAUGAAGGUCAAGAACGUCAUCAUUCAUGGGAUUCACAUACACCAUAUAAAAGAAACACCAGGGGGAGUGAUUAAGGAUUCAGAUACACAUUCUGGGCCAAGAGCAAAAAGCGAUGGCGAUGGUAUCUGCAUCUUUGGUUCUUCCAAGAUAUGGAUUGAUCAUUGUACACUCGAUCAUGGUGCAGAUGGGCUUAUAGAUGUUACAAUGGGUGGCACAGACGUAACCAUUUCCAAUUGCAUAUUCAACGAUCACGACAAAGUCAUGUUGCUAGGGGUAGGUAAUGAACUUGAAAUGAACAUGAAAGUCACUGUUGCAUAUAACAAGUUUGGUUGCGGAUGUGUCCAAAGAUUGCCUAGGUGUCGAUGUGGUUUUACACACGUGGUUAAUAAUGAUUAUGACAAAUGGCAAAUGUAUGCUAUCGGUGGUACGGAUAAACCUACAAUCCUUAGCCAAGGUAACCGAUUUAUGGCUCCUGAUGACAAACAAUACAAACAGGUGACACGAAGGGCUGAGGCCACUGAGGCAGAAUGGAAGACAUGGAAUUGGAAAUCGGAACAUGAUAUUUUGCUAAAUGGAGCGUUUUUCAUACCAUCAGGUGGUAAUAUACAACAUCCCCCUGGGAUGCUUGAAGUUGAGACAAAGAUACCCGUUGAGACACUCACCCGUUGUGCGGGGUUACUCAAAUGUACCCCUGGGCAACCUUGUUAAGCACCGAAAAAAAAGAAAAACUAAUCGUUGAUAUUGUGAAUGCAGGAUCAAUGACUUUUAAUUUAGUAGUGAACGAAAAUUGUAGUUAUUAAUUAAUGUGCAUUAAAAAAAGUUAUAAGGAAAUAUUGUAGUUAUGUUUGAUCUUUUUAGUGACGGAAUAUAUUCAGUCACUAAAAGUCACUAUAGAUCCAAGAGGUAUAUGUAUAUGUUUUUUUUUCAUAUGUAUAUAUAAAACAAUGCAAAUCGUUUGAUACACAAACAAAAUAUAAUUCUGUUGCUCGAAUAAACAAAAGUUGUUUAGAAUGAUUAUAAUAGAUGAUGACACUGUAUGUAUGGGUAUCCAUAAUAGAUCAAUACAUUAAAAUUAUUUAAACUUAAUGGAUUGACAUAAUAUUAUUUUUACUUGUUAUAUAAUUUUAUAUUAAUUUUUCUACAAUAUUAAUAUAUUAAACUCAAUAAAAUUUAAGAAUUUAAUGGAAUAUAUAUUUAAUAGUUAAUUUUUUUUUAUCUACUGAAUACCAAUAUGAUAUUUUAUAAUUAUAGUAUUUCAUUCAAUUUUUUUUUGAACUUGUGGAUGCUAUAGAUACUAUUUACUAUUUCUAAGAUACUAUAGAUACUAUUUCUAAGCAGUAACUAGUUGAUUGUAAUAUUUGCAAGAUAAGAGUAUUAGUCUCGAUGAUUCACUUCCAAGUUGCAACGUUGCCUCAUCUAAGGAAUUGUUACGUGAACUUAAUACUUAUUGUUAGUAUUUAAACACUUAGACAAAUGAUAAACGAUUGCACACUCAAAGUAAUAAAAACAAAACCAAACGAGAACACAAAUGAUGUAUAUUUAUUCAAAUUGUAUACACUCAUCUCUAUUUUUGCUCUACUCCUUCCAAAAUCCAGAUUUUCUCCAUAGUUUUAAGAGUACAUCUUUAAGAUACCCUCAUCUUCAAUAUUUAAGAAAAGAAAGUUUAGAAAAACAAGUUCUUUAAGGAAAGACGUAGAAAAUUGUUUAAAUAAAAAAUGGUUUCUACAAUCAUUUUUUAAUAUUUGUUUACACAAUUAUUUUCUGUUCAAUGAUUAACAAUUAUUAAUAUAACUAUUGAAUAUUUAAUUGAGUGUUAGAAGAGUACGAUUGAUGCGACUCAAUGAAAAGAAACUAAUUGUGUAUAAAGACGUAUCGUAUAAUCCCCUUUAGUUUAAUCUAGGCAUUACAAUUUAUUUAAAGUUGGAAAUUAGAUAAAUAAAGUGGAAGUUCUAAUUUGAAUAAAACCAAGUUUUAAGAGUUGAAUACCUAAAUUUAUAUAUAUGGCCAUAUAGGGC